UCUUGCACUUCUGUAUAGGCACUCGGAAGCACGUUUAUUGGUGUCAUUGCCUAUUUGUAACGGAUUUUGUGGAAUAUAUUACACGUAAGCGAAAACUUGGUUGAGUAUGUUUGUAAAAACAUGUGUAGUGUUAUGCGUCGUGCUUUGUGUGGCGUUGGUGUCGAAAGCUCAGUGGUGGGGGGCAGGACCCCUCCCGCCGGCGACGCCCUGGAUGCCGCCUUUGCAACGGACUCUAGAGACCCACAGGAUGCCAGGAAUCUACAGGAAUCGCCAAGGACAUUUUCCAGGCCCAUUUCAACCGCAGCCUUCCAGGACACAUCCUCUAAGGACACCGAACGCCAUCAGACCACCAGUUAGACAGUCAUCCUAUUCCACCUUGAGUCUCCUCCCGUCACUGAAAUCCCUCACGUCCUUACUCGAUCCCUUCGGCCUGUUCAAGGAGGAGAAGAAGUCACAGAGUGUCCUGGUGAAGAAGAUGUCCGCCCCUUCCCCCUCUGCGACCACCACCACCGAAGCACCCCCUCCCAUGGUAUAUUUCCCUGACGGAGGUGACGGAGCCUGCGAGGACUUCAGCAGCGGAGGCUUCAACACGUACAGCUUCCUCUCCUUCUUGUUCUCUGUGGUGAACCUCGUCGCUAUGUCUGGGCAACAUCAACGUAGCCAACAGCAAUGCCGGGCAAGAGAAUUCGAACACAGUGUCCAUCCCGCCCGCCAUGGGACGAGGGAAGCGAGACCUCGAGGAGGCCAUCAUGAAUGAAUAUAAGGAGAAUCGGCGAUUAAAAGACGAAGAACAAGUGACAUCUCUCGUCGCCAUGGACUUCAUACGAGGUCUUCGGACGGCGAUGGUGACCUCUGACCUCGCCUGCACCCUCAGGAACAUGUGUGAAAUCAACAGGUUAGCGGUGACCCGUGGACACCUGGCGGAUGUCUUAGCGGAAGUGUUCAGCGCUGCCCUCGUCGACUCUUACCCCCGCCCACAAGCCGCGCACGAGACCGCCCUUCUCUCAGCCGGCGCGGGAGGGAGGCGGGGCUCAAACUGUAGCUCCGCCCACCCGGCCUGUCCCGACGAGAAGUGGGCGGAGCUAGACGGCCUCUUCGACGUGGUAGACUUCGACUUCGAGCUCCCGACGAAGGCGCUGCAGGAGGAGCUGGGUCUCCCGGAUCUGGCGUCGGUGCUGGACGUCGCUUCCUUUAGCUCGGGGGGCGCGGAGGGCGGCGCCGACGGCCUCCUCGACCCCCGUGCGAAGGGGGAGCUUUGAUGAGAAGGAAAAUGGUUUAGAUUUGAUUAUGAAGUUAUAAAAUCAUGAUUAUAAUAAGCUUAUAUG